AGUUAGUCUAUGCUUUGGUCUUCUUGUAUAUAGAUGUAUCUGAUUGAAAAAUGGCUGACGGGGGAGAUGCAUUAAAUACUUUAUCAGGAAAAGAAGCUAGAAAUACCGUCAGCGAUGGUCCAGUUACUGAUCCUGCUUCAAGUACUAAGAGCCUUGAGGCAUCAAAUAAUGCCUUUCACGGCCCGAGAACAAAAUUAGAUUCUAAAUCUGGGGCUUUAAAGAAAUCUAGUCGGUAUCGCAGCCGGUCCUUGUCUGCUAGCAGCACUGACAGUUAUAGUUCUGCAUCUUAUACAGGAAGUUCAUCAGAUGAAGAUGAUGUAUCACCACGUGAGAAAAUUCAAAAGACGGAAAGAGGUUUUACUGACUUUUGUGUGCGGAACAUCAAUCAACAUGCUUUUGGGCGCAGAGAAAUUGAAAUCGCAGAACAAGAAAUGCCAGGGAUCAUGGCACUUCGUAAGCGUGCAGCAGAAGAUAGGCCAUUGAAGAAUGCCAAAAUUGUGGGAUGUACUCAUAUCAAUGCUCAAACAGCAGUUUUGAUUGAAACCUUAGUAGAACUUGGAGCACAAGUACGAUGGGCUGCAUGUAAUAUUUAUUCUACACAGAAUGAAGUAGCAGCUGCUUUAGCCCAUACUGGAUAUCCAAUUUUUGCUUGGCGGGGUGAAACAGAAGAGGACUUUUGGUGGUGUAUCGAUAAGUGUGUGGCAGCUGAAAAUUGGCAACCAAAUAUGAUAUUGGAUGAUGGAGGAGAUGCAACACAUUUAAUGCUUAAAAAAUAUAAUGCUAUGUUUAAAAUGAUUCAAGGUAUUGUCGAAGAAAGUGUUACGGGUGUCCAUAGAUUGUAUCAAUUGUCCAAGGCAGGCAAAUUAUCCGUCCCUGCAAUGAAUGUAAAUGAUAGUGUUACAAAGACCAAAUUUGACAAUCUUUAUAGUUGCCGGGAAAGUAUUAUUGAUAGUUUAAAGAGAUCCACAGACGUUAUGUUUGGAGGAAAACAAGUUGUAAUUUGUGGUUAUGGAGAAGUUGGCAAAGGAUGUUGUCAAGCUCUUAAAGGAUUGGGUUGUAUUGUAUACAUUACUGAAAUUGAUCCAAUUUGUGCAUUGCAAGCUAGUAUGGAUGGAUUUAGAGUAAUGAAACUAAAUGAAGUGAUUAGAAAUGUUGACAUUGUUAUUACUGCAACAGGCAACAAAAAUGUAGUCACUCGGGAACACAUGGAUAAGAUGAAAAAUGGAUGCGUAGUAUGCAAUAUGGGACAUAGUAAUACAGAAAUAGAUAUUAACAGUUUACGCACCCCUGAUUUAACUUGGGAAAAAGUAAGAUCUCAAGUGGACCAUGUAAUCUGGCCAGAUGGAAAGCGUAUCGUCCUCCUAGCGGAAGGUCGUUUGGUCAACUUGUCUUGUUCCAGCAUUCCUUCUUUUGUAGUCUCCAUUACAGCUGCUACACAAGCACUGGCUCUCAUCGAACUAUUUAAUGCUCCACCAGGCCGUUAUAAGAGUGAUGUUUACUUGCUUCCUAAAAAAAUGGAUGAAUACGUUGCUUCAUUACAUUUACCAACAUUCGAUGCACAUUUAACAGAAUUGACGGAUGAACAAGCAAAAUACAUGGGUUUGAAUAAGGCUGGACCUUUCAAGCCCAGUUAUUACCGCUACUAAAAAUGAAUUAAGAAUUUCUCUUUGGAAAAUACGUGCAGUAUUUACUAACUAUUUAAGAAAUUAGACUUGAAGUUACUGAAACUAUCUUCUUUUACUGUUUUUAAUUUUGUUUAAUUUAAUAUGAAGGUUCAUGUUGUCUAACAAUACACUAUAGUGUAAAUUUUUCUUUACAAAUGGAAAAAAUUGUUUAGUAUACAUUGUGAAAUUGUUGUAAAGAUGUAAAUUUCGCAAAUUUUAAUGUAUUAUCAGAAUUUUUGUAGCUCUGUCAACAUUUCCAAUAAUAAUAAUUCAAUUGGAUCUUAUUAACUAUUUAUUUCAAUCAGUAAAUGCAGUGAAAAUCGUUAUUAUAAUGAUUUUAUAAAGAUAUAAUUUUAAUAAGCAAAGAUAUGCAUGAAAAAAUUAAUUUGCUUUUAUCGAUUGAUGUAAUAAUAAUAGAAAUAAAAUUAAGUAUAUCAGAUAAACUACAAUUUUUAAAUUUAUAAUAUAAGAAAGCCCUUCAUUUGAAUAUUGAAAAACUUAUCGAAUUCAUAAUUUUAAUUAUUAAAUUAUUGUAAAAACAAAAUGUAAAAUUAGUUUCAUAUAUGCAGAAGGGUUAGUUAACAGAGCUAAAAUAUUAUUAUGAACGAUUAUGAAGUUACAGUCUUACAAUUAAUAUAUUCUUUGAUUCAUGAAUGAAUAUCAUAUUUAAUACAUUAAUUAUUUUUAUCGUUUGUUCUUGAAUUAUUUUCUUAUUACAUAUAUAAAUGUUUGUAUUUCAACUGCUUAGAAAAUGAUAUUAAAUUAUUAAAAAAGAACAUAGAACAUGUUCUUAUAUACAACUGCCGGUUGUUAGAAUUUGUAAAAAUAAAAUGGCUAAAUUUUUCUGAUAUAUCUUAGAGCUAUAAUAUUAAAAAAAAUAGAACAAAUAAUAUGCAAUAUUAUUAUCAGUUUUUACAUGUACACGAUACAUGGUACAUUAUUCUAUAUGUAAGUAAUAAUGUAUCAUGAUAAAUGUAUUUAAAAAUACUUAAUGUUAUUGGUCUAAUGAUUGAUGUAUACCUCAUUUAUGCACGAAUAUAAUUGUUCAUUAUUUAUAUUAUUACUUUAGGUAAUUUUACGUGAAAUUUAAUAGAAAUAAGCAAUUAAACGAUCGAUAUGCAAUACAAUAACUCAAUAAUUAGUAAUAUCAUUGUGGAACAUGUAAGUAACAGUAUUACUAAAAUUUUCUAGAAUGGUCUAAGUCUAUUAUAAAAUUGUAUGAUCUGCAAAUAAAUUUUUAUACACGCAUAGAUACAAUGACAGCAACUUAUGUAAUAAAUUAUAAAUUAUGUACUCAUUUAUUCUUUGCCAAAAAUCGGAAUAGAAAGAUAUAUUGAUCAUUAGGCGAUGAAAUGGACAAUUGAAAAUUUGCUAUAUUAAUAUUAUAGUAAAUUAAAAACAAUAAUAUUCAAUAUUGUUAAUAAUAAGUGAAGUCUUAGAAUAGAUAAUUAACUUCAAUUAAAUUAAAAAAAUAAUAAGUAAUAUAUAAUGUUCACACCACAAUAGGAAAGGCACGGAAGUACCUCAUAUAUACAUAUAUGUAUGAACACUGUAAAAAAUAGAAUAAAAUAAUAGUUGCUAA